AUGGCUAACCCCCACCUGCGACCCCCAAAAUGUCAAACCUGUCCUAAACAAUGGCUAACCCCCACCUGCGACCCCCAAAAUGUCAAACCUGUCCUAAACAAUGAUGAGUUUUUUAUAGUAAAUAAUGAUUUCUGUUUAAUACUGCCCAAAAUAUUGGGUGUCUCAUGUAAAUCUGUUUAUGUGCUUAACAGCCCCAUUCAUGGCAAGGACAAAGAGAAAUGCCAACACCAUGAGGACAAGGACAACAUGAAAAAAUUGUCCCGAAAAGCUGGGGAAAAGCUGAGGCGAGACAAAAUGAAGAGGUAUUUGUCUGUCCUUGCCCAGGAAAUACCUUGGAUUUCUGACAAAAACCACCGUGUAGACCGUUCACAGAUACUCAAACUCACAGUUAACUACCUGAAGUUCCAUCAUGGUGUUAAGGAAAAGAAGAUGGCUCCAAAGAAAUGGAAACCAAAUUUCCUGUCAUCUGACACUCUACAACAGUGUCUCAUUGAGGCUGCUGGUGGAUUUCUAAUGGUUGUUACACACACAGGAAUUGUUGUGUAUGUGUCUGAAAGCAUUUCAAGUAUACUCGGACACUUACCGGUGAAUGUUAUAGGUCUCCCGAUUGCCACUCUACUGCAUUGUGAUGACUGUGAGACGUUUAGUCGACAGUUUCAGAUAGCAGAUGAACAUGUUUUUAUGAGUAACAGUAUGCCAACUGAGCAGGACAGAGUACAGAUAAGUACUUUCAAGAGCAAUCACAGAUCAUUCCUGGUACAGAUGCAAAUUCUGCCAAAAUACGGUGACAAACUGCAGUAUGAGACCAUCCAUUUUCUAGGAAAGAUCUCAACAGAUGACACAAAGACUGGUGGGAGAACAGUUCCUUCAUCAAAUAAACAGAACACUUGGCUGGUAGCUGUUGGGCGGCCAGUCAGAAACAGGGUGAUACACGAGUUGUCUGUGAUGGGUUUGGACAAACUAGAGUGGUGUAGUCAACACAGUAUGGAUGGAACAAUCCUUUUUAAUGACCAACGAGUAUCUCAAUGUCUGGGUCUGUUCUCGGAAGAGAGUACUGGCUAUUCCUGUUAUGAAUACAUUGUACCAGAGGACAUCCAGGCUGUCAGCAUCAGUCAUAUGAAAAUAAUGACGGACAAUGAGGUACCACAAACCAUUUUUAGACUAAAGAUACCAAAUCAGUCGGUGAAGUUUGUUUUGUCCCGAUCUGUCAUUGUACGGGACACAUGGACGAAGGAGGCCAAAUUCAUAUCCAGUAUCAAUAUUAUCAUAGAUAAGACUGAAGGAGAUCAGUUAUUAGAAGAACAGAAAAAGAAAGUGAAUACCCUUAUUGCAGUUACAAAACAACUUAGCCUCCAGGAAGAUAUCUCCGAAUUCCCACUUCAUGAUAAAGAUGGAGCAGAAAAUUCAGAGAUAAAAAAUGACGGUGACAAGGGUGAAAAAAAUCCUCUCACCAGCAACAAAGAUUUUGAAUCCAAAGCAUCAGCGAUGUCUUCAGGAUCCAUGGAAGAAAACUCCCAGACCAUCGUUGGUACUUCUGAAACCAUAAGUGGUAGUCCACCAAUCUUGAGUCCACAGAUUUCGGGGAGAGAAGACAGUGCUCUAAGAUGUAGUGUUGGAAGUCUUUAUGUUCCUUGUGGGGAAGGCAGCCCUUUUCAUAACCACGAAGCUAGAAGUUGUCAGUCACACAGUGAGGAAAGACCUCAUGUUCAUCAUGGGAGUCCAUAUGCCAACACUGCAGUAAACUGUGAAAACUUAUUAAGCGUGACAGAAGAAGGAUCAUUAUGUGACCAGGUGCUUCAAACCCAGGUGAACAAACAGAAUGUGAAUAACUGGACCGAUUACCUUACUGAAGUAGAAAUGGAUAGUGAUAUCAGUAAUACCCAGGAUGCUUACUCUGAUCGAAGUAACCUUGUCCAUUGUCAGUCUGACAAAAGCAGCCCUACUCAUAGUUGCCUUGAUACAAACCGUUCUAAUGAAUCAAACUUAAAAUUCAGUCAACCAAUCUUAAUACAUUCACAAUCACAUGAAGACCAGGCUUGUCACAAUAAAACAACAGUGCUUCGAACACUUUGUCCUGACCAGACAAAUCUAAAAGAGGCCAACGUUUCCCUGAACACACCAUGUAAUGUAGAUUCAAACCAUAGUCGUCCGACAAGCUUUCCAGUUGAUCAAUCUAGCACUACUCAGUCAAACCUUUUGCAGAAUCAGUCUAACCAAGAACAAUUUAGCACACCUUACAAUACAUAUGUUUCUUUUGAGUCCAAUGUUGAUCACAACCACACUAGCUGUGAAGGAUCAAGUCCAUUAUGUACACAAUCUAGCCAGGUACAACCAGUUUCAUUCUUUACCAAGACUAGCCCCAAAAAGUUUAUCAGUGGAUGUGGAGAUCAUUACGCUUGCCAAUCAUGUUUACCUUUAGACUGGACUAGCCACAAGAAUUCAAAAGAAAUCUCAAGUCCGCUACUGUCACAAUUACCACCUCCAAUGCUUGUAGGUCAAACAUCGUUCAGACAUGAGUCUAAUUUGGUACAAAGUAAUCACAGUAAUCAGCUGCAUUUUGAGCAAGCUGGUCUUACAUACGAAGAUAUUGAUUUGUUGUCUACUGUUCAGAGUUCUUCUGAGCCAUCAGGAAAUGUUGACGAUAAAACGUCAUUUUACAAGGAGCAACGCUCAGGAUUGAGUCCGCACAGGUGUGCUCAACAAAAUCAUGGAAGACUGUGUCACUCGGGACCGGGAGAUAUUCCAAGCUCUAUACCAGAAGUCAUAUCAUCCAAGCUACAUCUAGUACAUGGAAGCAGAAAAAUCAGUAACGCAGACUUUGAUGUUAUUCAUAAUGGCAGUAAUCUGAUGGUUAAGCAAAACAAAAUCAACAAUAGUAGUUUCAAUGAGGAAGAGCCAAAAUAUGUCUCUGUUAAUAAGUCUACUGAAGAUGUUCAGAAGAAGAGCGACAGUGCAUACUUGCAACUGGCAGACCAGAUCAAUGCCAAACAUAAGCAGCUCAACGAGUUGUUGUUAUCUCAAGAGUCCAUCCUCGAUCAGGUUCAGAGAAAUCUGUCUUCUGUCACCAACACACAAACUGAUAUUGGCGAGAGCAGUUCAGGGCUACUUCAAAAUGUCUUCAAACUAAAGGCAUCAGUACAGGAACAGAAGAUGCAGAUCUCCAAUCUCGAGGAGGAGUUUAUAGCUAGGUUAUCAGACAUGAUAUGA